UUAAGUAUAGAUCAUUUGAAGAUGAUGAAGCUAUAUAGCGUCGAAGGUUCUCCGUACGAAUACAAUCACGGUCUACAACGAAUAUGGCAUAUCCACAUGUUUAACGAACAAACACGCAUGUACACACAUAUAUAUCGCUAUCAUCAUAUUACGCAUGCGCGAAGAAAUACUCAUUUGAUUUACAUCACCUAGUAUACUGCUGACGAUCGCAGACGCGAAUGUUUCCUCGUAACGAAAGGUGUCAAGUAGGUCAGAAGUUCUGCGAUUAUUGUUACGAUGGCUAAAUCUCAAAAUUCGUCCGAUAAAUUUCUGCUUAAGUUGAUGGGUGAGCAAAAGGAAUACGAAGCAAAGGUUUUAAAUGAAUCUGACGAAGGUAGAGAAAACGCUAUCUCGGAGAUUAAGCGAUGGAUUCAAGAGAGUGAUUUGCGCGCACGAACUGAUGACUUCACCAUUUUGCGAUUUUUGAGAGUCUGCAAAUUUAAUAUCGAGAAAACUAAAACAAAAAUGCAAAAUUAUCAAAUGCAACGAGCUAAAUUACCAGAAUGGUAUGCAAAUCGAGAUCCACUACAACCGAAAUUACAGGAAUUGCUUGAUUUGGGUAUUUGUUUACCUUUGCGAAAAUUGGACGAUCAAGGAAGAUUGGUAAUCAUCGUUCGUCUUGUGCAUGACCCACACGUAAUUACAAUAACAGAAGUAGUUAAGGUCUUCUUUAUAGUCAUAGACAUAAUCUUAAGAGAUAGCGUUGAAGCAUCCUUGUACGGUGUAGUACUGAUUGUGGAUUUAGGCGGUGCAACUUUGCGUCACGUCGCUCAAUUAACACCUUCCGUUCUAAUAAACGCGUUGCACGCGUGGCAGGGUUGCUACCCCAUAAGAAUGAAAUUGCUCAACUAUAUCAACGUGCCGGAAUAUGCUAAAUUAAUUCUGGAGCUUACCAGAUUUGUUUUGAAAAAAAAACUGAGGGAAAGAUUUCAUUUCUAUUCGCGCCAGACGGCGCAUGAUUGUUUCAAAAAUAUGCCAGUUAAUAUUUUGCCGGUCGAAUAUGGCGGAACUGAUGGUACAAUUCAAGACAUAAUAGAAUAUUGGAAGAAAGUAGUUGAAGAGAAUCGCGAAUGGGUUAUCGAUGAUGAAAAAUAUAAACCAAUUUUGAAGUAGUCAUCAAAAUGGAAUGGAAUAAACUAAAAUAUUUAUAUACACAUUACUAUGUUUUAACGCACACCGCAAAAAUAUAUUUUGAUAUUUUGGAAAACAGGAAGUAACGGAGAAUAUAAUUAAGAAAUGUAGAAUUAAUGGGCUUGAAAUAAAUUAAUAUCUU